UGGUCAAAACAAGUAUGUUACCUGUAUAGGUAUCGACUACCUUGAUCUAACACUCGGGGCAUUCGGGAUAAAAUAUGCAGGUAUUUGGAUCUGACAGAGAUUUUCAGUAAUAUCCCACAUAAUUACAGGAAUCGGGCGUUAUGGUGGAUCAUGUCACGGAGCUAUAAAUCGACUGCCUGAUUGACUUGGUGUGAUGUGACCCCAGGGCCCGAGAGGAGCGAUCGUUACCGAAAGAUUAGAUCACGGCCGGUGGAUCAAGAAACUGUCAAAGGAGUGGAUUUUUAGUAGAUAUUUCACCCUGGAUUUGAGUGUCGUGUGAGGAGACGGGGUCAACAUUGGGAUUAAAAUCCCCCAUCAUUUCGGUGGAGGAGACAAAUUGAUAUUUUGGGAUCUAAACAUUGUGGUGCAUUAUAAUUUUCAAACAUGGGCUGUACGAUGAGCCAAGAACAGCGCAUCGCUUACGAGAGAAGUAAGGCGAUUGAGAAAAAUUUAAAGGAGGAUGGAAUACAAGCAGCUAAGGAUAUAAAGCUACUUCUGUUAGGUGCGGGAGAGUCAGGAAAGAGCACCAUUGUAAAACAAAUGAAAAUUAUCCACGAAGGAGGUUUCACUCAAGAGGAUAACAAACAGUACAAACCCGUCGUGUACAGUAAUACUAUACAAUCCCUCGUGGCCAUCAUCCGGGCGAUGGGGGCACUACAUAUCCAGUUCGCUGACAGUGAACGAGAGUCGGACGCAAAGAUCGUCCUUGACGUCAUAUCCCGGAUGGAGGACACGGAACCCUUCUCAGAGGAACUUCUAGCGGCCAUGAAGCGACUCUGGACUGACACCGGGGUUCAGGAGUGUUUCGGUCGCUCCAACGAGUACCAAUUAAAUGAUUCUGCAAAAUAUUUUCUAGACGACUUAGAUCGCUUAGGAGCAAAGGAUUACAUGCCCACAGAACAAGAUAUACUACGAACCAGAGUUAAGACCACGGGCAUUGUGGAAGUCCAUUUCUCUUUUAAAAAUUUAAAUUUCAAAUUAUUCGAUGUGGGAGGUCAAAGAUCGGAACGGAAAAAAUGGAUUCACUGUUUUGAGGAUGUAACCGCCAUUAUAUUUUGUGUAGCUAUGAGCGAAUAUGACCAAGUUCUUCAUGAAGAUGAAACAACCAAUCGAAUGCAAGAGAGUUUGAAAUUAUUUGAUUCUAUCUGUAAUAACAAAUGGUUUACGGAUACCUCCAUCAUCCUUUUCCUUAACAAGAAGGAUCUGUUUGAAGAGAAGAUUAAGAAAUCCUCUCUCACUAUAUGUUUUCCGGAAUACACUGGAAACCAAACUUAUGAGGAGGCAGCUGCCUACAUUCAGGCCCAGUUUGAAGCGAAGAACAAGAGUUCAACGAAGGAGAUCUACUGUCACCAGACAUGCGCAACAGAUACUAAUAACAUCCAGUUUGUAUUUGACGCCGUUACUGACGUCAUCAUAGCCAAUAAUUUGCGGGGAUGUGGCCUGUACUAGUCGAAGUCAAACUAUUUUGAGCCUUCUGGACGUAAAAAAACACUUACAUACUACAACAACAACAAAAAAAUCAAGACCAUACACGAGAACUUGGACUGUCUUUUUUUACGGAAUUGUCGUAUGCCUGACGAAUCUCUCGAGGGCUUGAUCCAUGUGCAAGUUACGUAAGAAUGCGAGUGUCACAGACAUUUCUUUUCUACUGCCAAGUGUGCACACCCAAAAUCUAAAUAUAUUGGCAGAAUUAAAAAAAAUAUAUAUAUUGAACGACUUUGCUGCUCACUACAUAUGAAUAUGUACAUGCACACAUACAAUAUUGAAUGCAUUAUGUAAGUGAUAGUUUUUUUCACAAAGUGAUAGGUUAGGAUUAUCCAAUUGAGUGAGAGAGACGUGUUAUGACUCGUCCGAUGAUGGGAGAAUGGUUCACCAUUUCGAGUCACCGUAGAUUACUUUAUUGUAACCAUGGUACCCUUAUAGUACAAUGCUCCUGGCCUUUUGAUUGUGUACCUUUGUUAGUAUGUUUGUCUACAUGUGGAGGUCAAACACGUGAUUCAUUCAUGGCUAACGCACCUGUACAUCCAAAUUGAUGUAAUUUGUAUCUAUGGUUUGUUGAAAACGUAUAUUGUCUAUUUAUAACACAAUUUUUCCAUGAUUUUCGCAGUCUUCUCAAUUUAAAAAAUGAAACCUUUAUAAGAGCUUGUCGAUAAGGAUUUUGAAUCAAUUAGAGAGCUAGAGAGAGAGAGAAAGAGAGAGAGAUGAAGUAGCAGUUAAGGUAGCUUAUUGAGAAUCUCGUUUUCAAACUGGCCUUUUCCUGAGACGCAAACACUCAGAAGUGUUCGUUGGAAUCUCUAUGUGUUGUCGGUGUCAAGGUCAUUCAUUUUCUAAUCACCUUUGAACGAAUGUGUUCCUCUGCUUGCUAUCUAGCCGUUAUAGUGAAUGUCUGUGUUAUUUAUAUAAAACAAAAUGGAGGCAAGUAGUUUACAUGUGAAAGCCAAUUCAAAUUUUUUCUGGUAUGUGUGGUGUGAAGUCAAUGCAUUAUCCGUCAUGAAUUUACUUAGUAACUAAUUGAUAUAUAUGCUUAUUCCAGACAGUUUUGACUUCUACGUGAUAGCAUGUACUCUGUUGCUUUUUUGCAUAUUGGGACCAUGUAACUAUAGCAACAGGGUCAUGUUUAGAUUUGACCUCUAACCCCUUUUGACGUGAUGCCUCAUCACUGAGAAAAUGGUUAAGGUAUAUGUUUUCUAUUUUGCAAAAAAGCCCAAGUUAUGGACUCUUUAUUGUUGUAAAGAUUCCAUUACACUUUUUCUUUGUAAAAUGGCGAACCAACAUUCCUCUUGCUGCCCAUUUCGUGUCAUGUCUUUAUAAAAGUGCUGUAGCAAGGACAAGAGUUUAGUCUCUUCCGGUUGCUACGAUUGACUGUACAUCAACGUUCUGUUUAUAACUUACUUUAAGUGUACUGUGUGUUUCAAAACGCAUAUAUAUUGAUCCUAUCAUAAACUUUUUUUAUUAUGAUUUUUCAGUCAAUAUUGUAAUUGAAAUGGUGGUAACCUCGUAGUGUAGAGGAGUAAUAUAUCUGUGUUAUGGGGUGGGUGCAAUACAGUUCAUUACCUCUAUAUAAGAUACGACAGGAAAUUUUUUUGUUUGGUACUCAUGUUAAAUGGGACAAAAUUUGUCAAUGGAAUACCAUUAACUCAUAAGCCUCUGAUGAAUUCUAGUCAAGUUUUUGAGACAUUUUAACACGCUUUCUUACAAGGGUUAUCUGGACAUUAUUAUAUUUAAGCUGAUAUUUAUAUUGGUGUUGUUUGUCAUAUAAAAAAAAAAUAAUGACCGUGUCGAGAACUGUUUCAUUUCUUUUAAGCAAAUGAAGUGUAUACAUACUCGGUAGAUUUUUAAUGUUCUGUGUCGCAUUGAAAUCAUUUCAAUGUUUAGCUUGGGAAACAAAGUCAAAAAAUCGGCUUCAUGUUGAAAUUAUUUCAAUAUAUGUUUAUUGCUAUGUGUUGACAUGUAACAAAAAAGUUGGUACUUUAUCAACUUUUUUUGAGAUCACGUGAUUUUUUUCUUGGUCAUGUGGUCAAAUUGAAUUUUAGCUUGAUAUUCCACGUACGUCACGUGAUUUUGUGACAGCUACUUGAUCAUUAAGUGUUAAAUUGUCAAUGGUAUAUAUACAUACAUAUAUAUAUAUUAAUAAAUAUAAUUGUGAACUUUCAUUAGAAUAAAGAAGACAAGUGUAUAGCGCUGUUCUUUUACUGAACCCAAACCCUGUACUGGGCCCCCAUUUCGUUUUAAAUGAGGGCUCUUUGGAAUCUCACAACCGUAUAUCAAACUGCAGAAAAAGAAAAGCUAGAAAUGUCUUUGUGUAAAACUCUCCAUUUAUCAAAAUAAAGUCCUAGUAUUUAUCAUGAA